AUGGAGCAACUUGUAAAGGAAAUUGUAAGUACAGUGCGUUUGAAGCUUUCAAUGUUUCCAUAUAAGAAGACGAGAAGGCUGGAACGAUUCCUGGAUGCAUGGGAUUUGCCUAUUAGACUAGCUUGUGAUCCAACUAACUCUUCGCAAGCUGCUCCUGCUAUUCCUUCCUCUGUGACUAAUACUGCUGCAAGAAUCAACUACAAUCAGAAAAAUAAGAAUAAUACAACUCGUCCUACUCAAAGUAAGAACAAGGGACCUGCUAAUCAGACGAAUGAAUUCAAUGAAGUCCCUACAAGAAGUGAACCUCAAAACACUGAAACAGAACGAGCAGAGCGAUCGAGUUUCUACGACAAAUAUGGCAACCCAGAUCCUUUUAAUCUUGGAUCUGAAGAGGCUGCUAGAAACAUUAUUGAUAAAGACAUGCCUAACUCUUUUGAAAUUUUGCAGAAACUCAUAGAAACUGUCAAAGAAAACCAAGAGUAUACUAAGACACAAUUCAAAAUAUUGGAGUCAAGGAUCAUAGAAAAUGGACCACCGAUAACUCCAAGAAAUUUGUUUUCAACUCCACCAACAUCUGCACCUCCUGGUUUUGCGACAACAGACCCAAUUGCAUCCCGAAAUUUUGGGAGUAAUAUUCCACAAAAUACGCAGGCUGCUGGCACAUCUGCUAAUGCAGGAUCAGGUUUACCUAAUGCAAAUGAUUUUAUUAGAUCGUUUGGAUUUACUAACCCAUUGCAGGAACAAGGAGAAAAUGAAUACAUCGCAAGAGAAAUUCAGAAAAUUAAAGAAAUGAUCUCAAGUGUUCCUGGAUUUUUCAAUCCAAUUCCAGAAGUCAAUCCUGCUUCUUAUCUCAUCAAUAGAUAUGGAGAUAGGAUUGCAACUGUGGAAAUUCCAAAGAAGUUCCAAAUGCCAAAUAUGAAGCCAUAUGAUGGAACUGUUGAUCCACAAGAACACAUCGCAUUGUAUUUGGAGAAAAUGGAGACUGUGCCCAUUCCCCACAACCUGAAGGAAGCUUGCUUAUGCAGAAGCUUUGGUUCCACAUUAUCUGGCUCAGCCUUAAAAUGGCUGCAGAGUUUGCCUCCUCGAUCCAUAAAGUCUUUUGCUGAUUUAACUAAUUUAUUUUAUAGUCAAUUUUCAUGUAGUAGAACUUUUGAAAAAUUAACUGAUGACUUAUAUAAAAUUACUCAAAAACAGCAUGAAUCACUUAGAGACUUUAUGACUAGAUUUACUAAAGAAUCUCUUAAUAUUCCUAAAUUAGAUAUGUUAACAGCUAUCCAAGCUUUGCAGAGAGGUCUCCAUCAGGGAUCCAAGUUCCAAAAAGAUCUCAUAAUGACGCCAUACAGAAACUUGGAUGAAGCAAAAGCAAGAGCAGCAAGGUUCAUCAGACUCGAAGAAAACGAAUUGACAACAGCAAAAUUGGAAGCCUUGUCUUAUGAUCGACUGAAUCGUAAGACUGAAACUCCAGUCUUCAAACAAAGGCACAAGCCAUAUAUAAGACAUGUUCAUAACCAAAUCAAUGCUGUUGAAGAAGAAGAAGGGACUGAGUACCCUGCAUUAUCAACAUAUCGUUUCACUGUCGGCAUACCUGGCUUAAUAAUGGCAUUGAGAAACCUUGGAGACAAGGUUAGGUGGCCACAAAAGAAAAAUAAUGAUGGCUAUUUCAAGAAAACGGAUACCAGCCAAUGGUGUGCCUAUCAUGAAGACUUUGGUCACGUCACUGAAGAUUGUAAAAUGCUAAGAAGAGAAAUAUGUAUACUCUUAUCCAAAGGGUAUUUGACAGAAUUAAUGGGUAGAAAGAAAGCUAAAGAUAUCGAAGGCAUGGAUCUCACCAAGCCAAAACCUACCCAAAAGGCAGAUUCUCCACCAGCAAAUGCCAAAGUAAUCAACACCAUUUCUGGUGGAUCAGAAGUCUGUGGAAGCAGCUAUUCAGCAGCCAAAAGAUUUGCAAAGCAAAACAAAGCAGAAAAAAGAGAAAAGAGUGUGAAGAAGGCUUCUAUCUCAUACUCAGAUACUAUUUCCUUUGAAGAUGAUGACUUUGAUGACGUUAUAGAACCUCAUCAUGAUGGAUUUUAA